UUGACCUCUAUUACAGGAGCUUUGACCAACAGCCAACGGGCUCUGCUACGCUUUUUUCAUUGUCUGCUUGAACAGCAAGUUUGGAAUCUAUACUACCGCUUGGACUAGGAAUCAACGCUACUUAAAAUGAUUUGUACAACGGACUCUUUGUUCUCAAAUCACUCACGAGAAAAACAUCCCUCAUGAACGCUCCUCAUCAUCCUGAUUGUCUCUCUCGCAGCAUGACUUCACCUGGAACCUCGCUCCGAAAGGGCCUACCUAAGGCUGGUGACAUUUAUUGCGUUAACAUGUCCAUUUACGAGCCUUAUUUCCGCCUUCUCGACCGUCUCUCUCACUCUCCCAACAACGACGAUGGCGCUUGCAUUUUACCCUUGCCCAGCCAGACCUCUUCCAAGGGCUACAGGCCUUGUAUAAUCCUCGAUGUCUUGGAUGACGGCCUCUACUCGAUCUGUCUAAUGGCCACCUUUGACCGCAAAGCACGUUCCCAACUCCCCCGAUGCUUCGAUCCAUUCGCCAUUCCCGUCUUCACCUGUGGAGCUUCCGAUGAAGCCAUCCAACACGGAUCAGAGCAUCUACACACCUCUCCGGAGUGGGACAGUGCCAGUCCGCAGACACUGGUGGCUAUUCCGUUCCGCUGUACACUUUCAACGCUUGAGAGGCGUUGGAGAUCGAACGUGAUCUUUGGUGCUGGGUGUGUUGUGGAGGACCUGGAAACAUUGAAAAGGAUGAUAGCGACGCGUAUGGACUAUUGGAGAGAAUAUAUCUCGACCGGUACAGAGCGCAGGAUCGAGCAGUAUUAUGACCAUCUUAUUUCACAUCGAAAGAAAUAUUCUAAGUGGAAACUGAAUGGUAGUGGAACCGAAGGUUCAACGACUGCUAGUUCAUGCAAGCGUACACAGCACCGUCAAUAUAGUGUGUGCACCGGUAACAUCUCCAUGGCCAUGCACACCAUCUCUGAACGCGAAACUGACGGGAAAGAAUUCACUAUCGUCCAAUAUGGGUCGGCAUGGAAUAAGUUUGCGUCAAGGUCUCGAAUACACCAUCUCUGA